AUGAUAAUGAAUACAGUGAAUGACUCUACCAGUUUCUCUCCCUUCCAGUUGCUACUCGGUCGCUCGCCUCAUCUUAUCCCUCCUUUUCUGCAGUCAUUGUUGGCGGACGAUCACAGCAGCAAAAGUGCACUCGCCGCUGAUCUGGUCAAGCAGAUUGACACUGAUGUGCUCGAGGUGCAAGACAACCUUUUUCUCGCGAAAGUCAACCAAGCGACAUUGACAAACCGCUCACGAGAUGUUGACCCCGCAUUUGCAGUCAGCGACAAAGUCCUAUUAUCGACUUUUCACCGCCGGCGAGAUUACAUGCAGCGUGGAGACCACAGGGUUGCCAAGUUUAUGGUAUGCUGGGAUGGCCCAUACCACGUACUCCAUGCUUACCCUGAAUCCUUCGCAUACACACUCGAUUUACCCGCGAUAAUGAAAAUUUUAGCUACAUUCCAUGCCUCUCUCCUCAAGCCAUGGAAAGAAAAUGAUGUGACUCUCUUCCCUGGCAGGCAACACGCUCAACCAGGACCAAUCAUCACUGAUGCUGGCAAACAAGAGUGGAAGGUAGAGGAAAUCAUCGACCACCAUCCGCGCGAAUGUGGUUUCUAA